UGAAUGUGAGAACAGGAGCAAACUUGGAGUUGUAGGUUAUUUUCUGGAACGACUGACUUUGGGAUUUCAAAUGGAAAUUUCUACCAAACUGGUUGGCUAAAGGCAGCUGCCUGCCUCUACCUUCCUCACCUGUUGGUACAACACCAAGAUUCUCUGUUCUUCCAGUUUUCACAGUGAAAGAAGAGCUGCAUUCAAUAAAGAAGAGAUCAAGGUUAAAACAUGAAAGCAAGAGGAAGAGCGACUGAAUGAAAGUUUUGAGAUCUGUUCCUAAUGGCUGAACUUCCCUGGCUCAGGUCUCAGGUCACCAUGGAUGCAGAAGACCACAUCAAGGAGCUGCAAGAGCAGCGUAUGUCCACGCAGAAGAAAACCUUCACCAAGUGGAUGAACACUAUCUACUACAACGGCAAAGUGGCUAUUGAAAUAAAAGACAUCUAUAUAGAGAUGAAAGAUGGCAUUUACCUGCUGAAACUAUUGGAGCUACUUUCUAGAGAAUCAUUGCCCAGACCUACCCGGGGAAGGAUGAGGGUACAUUUUCUGGAGAACAAUAGCAAAGCUAUUACAUACCUCAAAUCUAAGCAGGUGCAAGUAAAAUUUAUUGGGCCUGAAAAUAUUGUAGAUGGGGACCGAAUCCUAAUCCUGGGACUGAUCUGGAUCAUUAUCCUCCGGUUUCAGAUCGCUUCCAUCAAACUUGAUGAGGAGGAGUUUGGAGAAAAGGCUGAUAAACUGUCUGCCAAUGAAGCCUUGCUGAUUUGGUGUCAACGUAAGACUGCCAGUUACUCCAAUGUGAAUGUGCAGGACUUCUCCAGGAGCUGGAGAGAUGGCCUGGCUUUCAAUGCCCUCAUUCACGUUCACAGGCCUGAUCUCAUCCACUACAGCUCACUGAGGCGUGAUCAGCCCAUCAAGAAUCUGAAUAAUGCCUUCUAUGUGGCACAAAAAGAGCUGGGAAUCACUAAACUUCUGGAUGCUGAGGAUGUGGUAGUGCCCAAUCCAGAUGAGAAAUCCAUCAUGACUUAUGUGUCACUCUACUACCACUACUUUUCCAAGAAGAAACAGGACCAGACUGCCCAAAAGAGGCUCACUAAUAUUGUGUUCUUUCUAAAGGAAAUAGAUGGUUUGAAGUCUCAGUAUGAGCAGAUGACCUCCGAGCUCUUGAAAUGGAUUAGACAGAAGGUGAUAGAGCUGGAUGACCGACACUUCCCCAACUCUCUACCAGAAAUGCAGCUCCUCAUGGCCAGAUUCAAGACCUUCCGCACAGUGGAGAAGCCCCCCAAAUACCAAGAGAAGGGCAUGAUUGAAGCCCUCUUCUUCAACAUGAGAACCAAACAGAGAGCCAACAAUCAACAGUUAUAUCUCCCCCCUGAUGGCAAGAUGCUGCAAGAUGUGGAAAAACAGUGGAAUAUCCUGGAGAAGGCAGAGAACAGUCGGGGGAAAGCAUUGCAGCAGGAGAUUCUGAGGCUCCAGAGAGUGGAACAACUGGCCCAGAUGUUCAGGAAGAAGGCUGUCCUGCGUGAGUCCUAUUUGAAAGAAAUGAGAAUGGUGAUUGGGAAGCAGGACUUCUGGCCAGACAGUGCGGACAAAAUGGAGGCUGCUACAAAGAAACUGGAAGCCAUUGUCACUGAUGUGCAGCCUAGGAAGCAACGCUUCAUAGCUUUGGCUACAAUGGCAGCUGUCAUCGAGCAGGAGAAUUACCAUGGCAAGAACCAAAUCAUGAGGAAGCAAGCGGACAUUUCACAACAAUGGCAGGAUCUUCUGGAGCAACUGCAGAGGAAAAGAGAUGCUCUGGGAGCAAUGCAAGAAAUUCUGGGACUUCUGAGGGAAGCAGAUACAAUUACAGAGGAACUUAAAGGACUGCAGGCACUUGUGAGUUCCCAAGACUGUGGGAAGCAGCUACUGGAGGUAGUAGAUUUGCUUCAGAGGCACAGCUUGAUUGACUCUCAGAUCUCUUCCUAUGGUGACAGAGUGAAAUUCAUCGCAGAAAGUACAGCAGUGGUCACUAAAGCCAAAGCAAAAGCAGUCAAGUCAGAUGUGCUUCAUGCCAAAAUUAUGAUGCUUGGUCAGCAGUAUCAAGCCCUUGUGGCUGUCAGCAAAUCUCGACAAUCUCAGCUGGAGGAGGCUUUGAAGCUUUUUGAAUUUUUUCAUGACUGCAAGGAAGAAGAGUUGUGGAUCUCUGAGAAAUGCCAGCUAGUGAGAACAGCUGCAUUAGGACGAGAUCCGAGUCAGAUCACAGCCUCCAUUCAAAAGCAUAAGGCUCUAGAAACUGAAUGCAACUCCCACAAAGUGAUUUGUUCCAAUGUAAUGAGGAAAGGCUGGGAGCUAAGUCAAAGGAACCCUUCACGACAGACAGCUAUUCAGAAGCAGACAGACAGCCUCCAAAACCUGUGGCAACAGUUCCAGGAUGAGGUGGCAAACCGCAAAAUCCGUUUGCAAGCAGCUGCUCUCAUCAAACAGUUCUUUGCGGAUAUUGAUGAAGCAGAGUCAUGGCUACGGGAACGACAGCCACUCCUGGACAGCAAGGAUUAUGGGAAGGAUGAGUUCAGUGCAGAAGCUUUGCUGUACCGCCAUAUGCGGCUGGAGAAAGAGAUCACAGCCUAUGGCUUAGAGAUGAGGCGUCUGAAAGAGCAGGCCAAUGCUGUAGCAAAGGAAGCUCCAUCUGCGGUGGCAAAAAUUCAGGUCCCAAGUACCCAAAAUGAGAGGAUUGCUAAGAUGCCAUCUGGCUACUUGGGUAUCCCUAAAACUCCAUUGUCUAGUGCACCUGACCCAGAUCCUCACUUCAUUGCAGAUAAUAUUUGGAGGUCCCAAAAUAGAAUUGACUGGCUUUAUGAAAACCUUCAGAUGAUGGCUGAGAACAGAAAGAAAGCUCUGGAAGAGAUGAUCCGAUUAUACUGCUUCUACAGCUCCUGUGAAGAGUUUCAGUCAUGGAUGGAAGAUGAAGAGAAUGUUUUCCGGACCCUUCAACCUGAAGCAGACAAUGUGGAGGUCAUGCAGCAGAAAUAUCAGAGCUUCUUAAUGGAACUGGCUGCUGGAAAAAGCCAACUGGAAAAGAUCAAAUUCCAAGCAGAUAAGCUUGCAAAGAACAGUCCCAUCAAAAAAAAUGACAUCCAUGUUCAGCUGAUAGAGAUCAAUAGGAGGUGGGCGCUCCUGGAAACACUCAAGGAGGAAAAGGGUUCAGAGCUGAUUGAAGUGGCUGAUGUGAGGACAUUCCUCCAAGACUGCCAGAGUACCAAAGUACUGCUGCAAGACAAGCUGGGCUACCUCGAGAACUUGGACCCAGGAAACACACCUGCUGCAGCAGAGGCAGAUAGGCGCAAGCUGUCUUCAUUUAAGAUGGAAAUUCUAGUGCUGGAGAGGAAAAUCGAAUACUUGAAGAAUGUGGCUAAAAAAAUUAAGGAUACCAACCCGGCAGAGAGCAGGGCUAUCACAAAUCAGGUGGAGACCAUGGAAAGACUACUGGCAAACCUCAAGUUACAGAACAAGGAGAAGGAUACCACCCUGGAGCUAGCACAAAAACAACAGGCCUUCCUGCAAGAUAGUCGCAGACUCCUCCUUUGGGCAGAUUGUGUCUGGGAGAAGUUGAGCAGCGAGGAGAUGGGUGUGGACGUGACCUCUGCAGAACAGUUGCUGAGGGAGCAUCAGGACCUACUGAAGGAAAUUCACACUCAAAAGGAGAGGUUUGUGCAGCUGCAAGGCCUAGGGAGAGAUUUAAUGUAUGCUCAGCCCAGCAGCAGAGCCCAGGAGUUGGGCCUGUCCGCAGACAGGCUUGCAAAGGAAACCAGUGAGUUGGAGAAGAUGUGGGAGCAGCGGAGGCAGAAGCUGGAAGAAGGCUUGGAACUGCAGAAGUUUAACAGGGAAGUAGAUCGUCUCAGAGCAGCCCUCUCCAGUCAUGAAGCUUUUCUCCGAGUAGAUGAACUUGGGGACCAUGUAGGUGCUGUUCGCAGCCUGCUAAAACAGCAUGAGAAUUUUGAACAGCUCCUGAUAGCACUGAAGCAACGGGGAGAAGCAAUGAAUGAUCAUGGGAAAAAGCUGGUGGAGCGCAGACACUUUGCUUCUUCCACGAUCCAAGAGAAAAUAACCACUUUCCAGGAAAAAUGGAAGUGGCUGAAACAAAGCAGUGAACAGAGGAAACAAAAGCUACUGGCUUCUCUUCAGCUGCAGGAGUUCAACCAUGAUGUUGCUGAGCUCCUAAUAUGGAUGGAAGAGAAAUACAAGAUUGCAUCAGAUGAGUCGUAUCGUGACCCAACAAAUAUUCUGCGUAAACUAAAGUGGCAUGAGGCAGCAGAGAAAGAAAUGAUGGCCCACAAAGAACACUUUGCAGAGCUUCUGAAGACUGGAAAUCAACUUAUUAGAGAUGAACAUUAUGCUGCAGAUUCCAUCCAGGCCAAAAUAUCAGAACUAAAGAAGAAGUGGGAGAAAUUGUACAACAGGAUGGUAGAACGAGGAGACAAGCUAAGGCAAGCUGGACAGCAAGAACAGCUUAUGGAACUGCUCCAGGACUCCAAAGAGAAGAUAGAAAAGAUUGAAAAGGUUCUUCAAGAUGCAGAGACAGGCCAUGAUUUGCGCUCCAGCUGUGAUCUCCUCAAGCAGCACAGUCAGCUGGAAAAUGAAACACAUGAGCUGGCUGAGAAAAUGAACUCUAUUGUGUCCCAUGCAAAGAAAAUGGCAACUAAUCACUUUGACUCCCAGAGGAUUCUAGAUGAGACACAGAAAUAUCUGCAAAGGUUUGAGUCCUUGCAGGUGCCUCUUAAUGAGAGGCAUCAGCUGCUGCAGGCAACAGUAGAUCUGUACCAGUUCUACCAUUACCAUGACAUGGAGAUGAACUGGAUCAAAGAACGACUGGCCAUUGCCAAAUCCACCAAAUGUGGCAAAUCCUUGGAUGCGAGUCAAAGCCUAUUGCAAAAGCAUAAGGAAUUGCAGGCAGAAGUGAAUGCUCACAAGCAGCAAGUUCAUAGAGUCCUUCACAAAGGAAAAACUAUGGCUGAAUACAAGCACCCUUCAUCUCAGAUAAUACUGGAAAAAUGCCAGGAGCUUGUCACCAGCUGGAUGGAGCUGGAGAAAUCAUGUGAGGAGAGGAUGAAGCAGCUGCAGCACACUGUUGGGUUCCAGCAGUUUUUAAUGCAUACUUCAGACUUGGAAACUUGGGUAGCAGAGAAGCUUCCCUUUGUGACCAGUGGGGACUAUGGUAAAGAUGAAGCUGCAACACUGAAACUUCUCAAGAAACACAAGGCACUGGAACAGGAGAUCAGAGUUUACCAGAAUAUGAGGAAUGAGCUGGGUGAAACAGCCAAAGCACAUCUUCUCCCAGGCUUCAUCCAGUUUGAUGAGGUUGAUGCACCACAGGAGCAGGUUCACUCAAAGUUCCAGGACUUGCAGAAGAAGGCUACAGCAAGAAGGAAGAAGCUGGAUGAGACUCUUGUUCUGCAUGAGUUCCUGAGGGAGUAUGAGGACCUACAGGACUGGAUCAGUCAGCAGAGGCAAGUGGCUAGCUCUGAUGACUAUGGCAGUGACUAUGAACAUGUCCUGGAUCUUUGUGCCAAAUUUGAAACUUUUCGGCACCAGCUGGCAACAGCUGCCAACAGAGUUGCAGCUUGCCAGCAGUUAGCAGAGAACUGCUUGUUGGAGCAUGGGUACUCUGAAUCCAGAGAGAUCCGGCAGAAACAGAAAGAACUACGGAAUUCCUGGGAAGAGCUACUGGAAAUGACCAGAGUACGGGUCAAACAACUGCAGGAGGCUGAAAAGAUUCACAAGUGUUGCCAAGACCUGACAGAUGCCCUCACCCAUAUUGAGGAGAAGGCCAAGAGCAUCCCAGAUGACAUUGCAAAAGACCUGAGUGGUGUGCUGUCCCAGCUACGCAAGCAUGCCGCCCUUGAGCAUGAAAUCUCUGGAAAUGAGCAGCAGCUGCAAGAGCUGAUUGAAGCUGCAGAUGAUGUGCUGGCCCACUACUCUGAAAGCCAGGUUGCAAGCCUGAGAGCAAAACAGCAGGCCAUGGUGAACAACUGGGAGUCCCUGAAGUCUAAAAUGAAACUGCGCAAGGAACAUUUGGAACAGGCGUCUAAGCUUUACCAGUUUCAGGCCAACGCAUGGGACUAUUUCUCCUGGACAGCAGAGAUGAUAAGGGAAAUGAAGGCUAAAGAAUCUAUCCGAGACAUAUCCACCAGCCGCCUGAGGUUUAACCAGCAUCAACAGCUAUUGGCAGAAAUUGAGGCACGAGAGGAGAUGUAUAAUCGGGUGGUACAGCUGGCACAAUCACUGCUGCAAGAAGAAAAAAUACAGUCAAAAGAGAUCCAGCAAAAGUUGCAGGCAUUGAUGAAAGAAAAGGAAAAUGUGUACCAUCAGUGGCAGGAGAAGAAGGAGUGGCUGGAGAAGAUACACCUAGAACAGAUGUUCUACAAAGAUUAUAAUCAUCUGGAGAAGAUUCUGAACUCACAAGAGAUUUAUUUGAAAACCAGUGACCUGGGAGACUCGGUAGAUGAGGUGGAGCGACUGAUCAGGAAACAUGAGGCUUUUGAGAAGCUCCUGGCCUCACAGGAUGAGAAGGUGACUUCUCUUCAGGACCAGGCCAGCAGACUCCAGAAGGAAGGUGGAUUAGGAGGGAUACAGAUUCAGCACAAACUGAGCUCCAUACUAGACAGAAGGCAUCGGAUCAAAGAGCUGUCCCAGAGUAGGCAGGAAAAACUGCAGACUUCACUUCUUCUUGUGGUCUUCUAUCAGAAUCUGGCAGAGGCAGAGGUCUGGAUCGGAGAGCGCAUGAAGAAACUGAAGGACCCUUCCAUCCAAGAUCCCAGCAGCCUACAAGACAAAAUGAAGCUGCUGCAGAAACAUCAAGUGUUUGAGGCAGAGAUUUUAGCUAAUGAGGAGAUCAUCACAGCUGUGAACAAGAAAGGGGAAGCCCUUGUUUCACAAGGGCAUCCCAAAUCAGGGGAGAUUCGUCGUCAGAACCGCAUGCUUCAGGAACACUGGGAGAAGCUGAAGAGGGCUCUUGCUGCUCGUGGUAAGAUGCUGGAGGACAGUCGGGACUUCCUGGAGUUCCUGCAGAAGGUAGACCAGGUGGAGGCCUGGAUCAGGGACAAAGAAGUGAUGAUUAAUAUUGGUGAUGUUGGAAAUGACUAUGAGCAUUGUGUGCAGCUCAUGAAAAAGCUCAAUGAAUUCCGAGGAGCAGCAUCAGGGGAGGUGACAGUGGAUGAUGCUCACAUCAGAGCCAUCAAUGCCCUGGCCAUGAAACUAGAGAAACAAAACAAGGAGGAGACUAAGACAAUAUACUGGCGCCGAAAACAGCUCAAUGACAAAUGGAAUAGUUUCCAUGGAAACCUGAAUGCAUACAAGAGGAAGCUGGAGGGAGCCCUGGAGAUCCAUGCUUUAAUCAGAGAAAUUGAUGACAUCACAGAGAGAAUUAGUGAGAAGAGUGCUCUGAUACAAGCAUUGGAUUAUGGAAAAGAUGUAGAGAGCGUGGCAAAUCUCAUCCGAAGACAUGAGGAAAUGGAGAGAGAAAUCAGUGUCAUUCAAUCCAAAAUGGAGCCACUGCAGUUAGAGUCUUUCCGACUUUGCAAGAGGAAUCCUUCCAUAAAUGACAAACUGACCUUAAAGCAAAGGGAGAUGAAAGACAGCUGGCUACGACUCCAAGGACAGGCUAAGCAAAGGAAGGAAAAGUUGGGAGCCGCGUACCAGUUUCAGAAAUUUAAUCAUGAGCUAAAAGAGCUGCUAGAUUGGUUUAAAAAAACCAAAGGCUUAAUGGAGGCAGGGGGGCUUCCCAAAAGUCCAAGUGAAGCAGAAAGCCUGAUUGAAGAGCAUCAUGAGAGAAAGGAGGAGAUUGAAGCACGAGUGGAAAGAUUCAAUUCACUCAGCAACUAUGGUCAGCAGCUUGCCAAUUCUGGUCAUUAUGCAGCCCUUGAGCUCCAGCAAUCCCUUUCCAAGUUGCAGCAGGCCUGGUCUGAACUGAUUCAGGCAUGGCAGGACCGAUAUGUAAAAUUAUUCCAGGCCCAGGAGUUGCAGAAAUUCUUUGGCUAUGUGGAGCAGAAUGAGAGUUGGCUCAGCAGUAAAGAAGCCUUCCUGGCUAAUGAUGAUUUAGGGGAUUCUGUGUCCAGUGUCGAAAGCCUACAGCGGAAACAUGUGCAGUUUGAAAAGGCUCUAGAAGCACAGAUGGAGAAGAUCAGUGAGAUGGCCUCCUUUGCACAACAGCUGAAACACAACAAGCAUUAUGACUCAGAAAACAUCACUAACAAGUGCCAGGCUGUUCUGAGAAGGAAAGACAAACUUCUAGAGAAUGCUCUGGCUCGCAGACAUAUGCUGGAAGAUUCAAGGCUCCUGCAAAAGCUUCUGAAAAAUUCCUAUGAGGUGGCAACUUGGAUAGCUGAGAAGAACAGUAUUGCCCAGGAUGAGAGCUGGACAGACCCAAGCAACAUGCAGGCCAAGCUGCAGAAACACCAGACUUUCCACGCAGAAAUCAUAGCCAACAGGAAUCGUCUAGACAGCAUCAAGGCUGAGGGUGAGAAGAUGAUCCGAGAGGAACAUUAUGCUCCUGAGGCCAUCCAGGCCAGGCUUCAAGAAAUGGAAGAGCUCUGGGAUGAGCUGUUGGCAAACUGCCUUAAUAAAAAGACCAAGCUACAGGAUGCCUGCAAGGGCCUGCAUUUCCAACGCAGCAUAGAAGAUAUGGAGAAAUGGCUGGAUGAUGUGGAAAGUGAGCUGAAGGUUCCAUAUACUAGUAGUGACCUGGUAGUCUUGAACAAUCUCUUGAAGAAACAAGAGGAAUUGGAGGAAGGUGUCAUUGCCCACAGGGAUCGAUUACAGGUGCUAGUGGACACAGCCCGUGAAUUCCAGCAAGAGAGACAUUUCCUGGCAGAUGAGUUAGAAGAGAGGGUUGAUCAGGUGGUGCACAGGUACAAGAGCCUACAUGAGCCAUUGCAAGAGAGCCGUGGGAGUUUGGAAGCAAGCAGGUUACAGUACCAAUUCUUCCGAGAUGUUGACAAUGAGUUGGCCUGGGUUCAUGAGAAACUCCCCAUAGCUUCCUCCAAGGACUAUGGCCAAUCCCUAACAGCUGUGCAGAGUUUACAGGAAAAGCACCAGAACUUAGAAAGUGAGAUUAGCAGCCAUGAAGCUCUGACAAAAGUGGUAGUCAAUACAGGAUAUAAGUUGAUACGAGAGGGACACUUUGCCUCCCAUGAAAUUACGGAAUGUUUGAAGAAACUUGAGGAUUCUGUGGAAAACUUGAAGGAUGAGGCUAAACAGAGGAGGAGGAGGCUUAUGCAGUCAUAUGAGACCCACCAAUUCCUUGCUGAGCUGCUGGAAGUUGAGUCUUGGAUGGCAGAAAGGGGGUUUAUCCUCGAGACUUCUGAUUAUGGGAAGAAUGAAGAAUCCACUGAGGCCUUGCUUCGCCAACUGGAGGCUGCCAAGCUGGAUAUGGAAGGGUUCAAGCCCCGGGUUGAGAAGCUACAGGAGACUGGCACUAUCCUAAUAAACAGUGACAACCCAGAAAGUCAAGCCAUAGUUUUGAAACUCCAGGCUGUACUAGCAGACUACAAGUCUCUCCUGCAGAGAGCUGAAACCCAGAAGAAAUGCCUGCAGGAACAUUGCCAACUGUUUCAGAUUGAGAGAGAGAUCCAAUUGGUGGAUGCCUGGCUUUCCAGCAAACAAGCUGUAGCAACAUCAGAUGAGUAUGGUCAGGACUUGGAUGAUGUGGAGGUGCUGCAGGAAAAGUUUGAAGGUUUUGUAAAGGAGAUAAAACCUCUGGGAUAUUCCAAAGUGUCUUCAAUAAGUGAAUUAGCAUCCAAACUCAGUAAAGAAGGCCAUAGCCAGAUAGAAGAUGUCCAGAAGAGGGCACAGAGGAUCAAUGAUACAUGGGAGAACCUAUGCCAAGCCAUCCAGGCAAGAACUGAGAAUCUCAAAGCAGCUCAACAGGUUCACCAGUAUGACCAUGAUAUAGAUGAGCUAAAGGGAUGGAUGCAGGAGAAAGAGGCAGUAGUGGACAUAAAUGAUUAUGGAUAUGACCUGCCAGGCGUACAGACCCUCGUCAGCCAGCUUGAGGGAGUGGAGAGAGAUCUAGCUGCCAUCAUGAAAGCAUUGGAGCGAAUUCGAGGGGAGGCUAGGCAGCUCAGCCAUCUGUACCCUCAGGUGAAGGAGAACAUUAUGGAGAGACUCACAGAGGUGAAUGAGUGCUGGGAAAAUCUGGACAGGAAAUUCCUGGAGAGGAAGAAGAGGCUGGGCCAGGCAGAACAGGUCCAGGUCUACUUCAACGACUGCAGAGAACUGAUGGUCUGGGCCAACGAGAUGUAUGCACUGGUAAUAUCUGAGGAACUGGCAAAUGAAGUUCUUGGUGCUGAACUGCUAAUUAAGCGCCAUGAGGAAUACAAGCGUGAAAUAGAGAAGCAGUGGCUAAAAUAUGAAGAAAUGCAGCAGACUGGGAACAACCUGGUGAAGAAUGGACAUUUCAUGUCAAUGGAGAUUGAAGAAAAAUUGUCAGAGCUGUCACAGCUGAUGAAGAAGGUGAGGGAGAGCUGGGACCUGAGAAAAAAGCUAUAUGAGGAAAACUGGGAGAUCCAGUUACUCCGGAGAGAGCUAGAGCAAGCAGAAGCAUGGCUGGCUGCCAAGGAGAGCUUUGUCUCAGAUCCAAGCUAUGGGGGUUCUGUGCCUGAAGUUGAGGAGCUACUGAAGAAACACCAAGACUUUGAGAAGAUGCUUGCAGCUCAAGAAGAGAAAUUUGCCCAGCUGAACAGGAAGACAAAGAGGGAAAUGAAGCUCCUCCAACAGACUGGCACUGAGGAAAAUGAUCAAAAGGAAAAGGGAAAACUCAUUCGGAUCCCCUCUCUAAAAAGAAAGCCCUCAGACAGAAAGUUCCCAUCCUCAAGACUAAUAGAGAUAAAGAGCACCCAACCAUUGCCAUCCAAGUCCUCUCCUAGUCUUGCCUUGAGGAGCCCCCUGGAAACUAUUUUCUCCCCAGUCCAAACAUCUCCAGACACAUUUAAGAAAUUCAGUUAUGGAGAAGUCCCAUUGAUGGUGAGCAGCACUAAUGGAGAGACGGAAGCUGAGAGAAGGCCCAGAGAGACUAGUUUUCCAUCUCCAUCAAAGCCAAUGGGUCCACAUGCUGUGACUUCAGGAAGCCCUGUUUCUCAGAAGCCUUCUUUUUUAUCUACCAGCAGUUUCACUGACCUCUUAUCAGACCAUAAAAAACAUGUUGGAAACGGUUCCCAAUUUGACCUAGAAACAAAGGUAGCCAUGACUUCACCUGGUCCUGGCCAGAGGUCUCCAAAUUUACCACAGUCCAUUUUCUCCUUUGAGAGCUCAGCGAAUGACUUCUCGGUUUCCAUGGGUCACCAGAGCAUGGAGGGGUUACUAGAAAAGAGAGACCAGCUACUUCCAGGAAGAAAAUUGCCAACAUCAAGAUCUUGGAAAUCAUGUUAUGUGAAACUCAGUGGAAAAACACUUGACUUCUACAAUAAUGAAAAACAAGCCGCCCAGAAUAUAACCACAAUCUUGAGUGUCAGUGUUGAGGGUGCCCAGUGUGAGAAGUUGACUGGCUACGUCAGGAAAAACAACACCUUCAGUUUACGGCUGAUUGAUGGUUCAGAGUUCUACUUCUCAGCCCCUUCUCAAAAGCUGAUGGAGGACUGGGUACAGGCCCUGAAGAAUAAUAUGAGUCACAGCAACAGCCAGGAUCCUAAAGUGACUGCAAAUAUGGCGGGGCCUCAAAUAAAACCCAGGGUCUUUCCAGAUGAAGUUCCUGCUGAAAAAUUAAGCACAGGCUUACUGGUCAGGAGAACUCCUUCCUUCAAAGUCAAACCAGAGAAAGCAUCCACAGACACUCACAGAGAUCUGGAGAGAGAUACCCAAGGGUUUAUAACAAUGCAAACCUCCAACUCCACCUAUUAUCCAACAGAUGCUGGAUCCAAGUGUGAAGACCAUAUCAUGAAGAAAAAGAGCUCAUUGAGUCACUCAGCCUCAAUGCAAUUGGAUCCAGAGCUCAACAGGAAGAAAGAGAAGCCAGAGAAAGAAAAGAAUGUCUUUAAAAAGUUUUUUACAUCGAAGUAAGAGCAGAAAAAUAGAAGAGAGCUCUUCAGUAUUCUGGAUUAGGCAUUCUUUUUCUUUUCACAACACCCUUUUGCCUUGAAGUCAGAGAUGACUAUGAGUAAGAUAAAUAUCUAUUGGGAGAAGAUAGUGGUCAGGUAUUCAGAUCAGAAACAAUGCUCAGAAGAAAACAGUCAAAAUAUGAAGAAAGGGAACUUGGGUGAUCCAUGCAUCUGAUUCUGCCAGGCCCAUAGACAACUUUUCUCUAAAUUGUAUGUAUUUGGUUUGAGAAAGUAAUGUGAGAUCUAUACCUUGUCUCCAGUGAUGGUCAGUGAUGCCAGAUUAGAUUUUGUGAUGAAAAUAAAUGUCUGUAAGGGACCAGCAUGGGAUAUGGCCAAAUUCAUAUCUCUUCACUAUAGAAGCAGCAAUUUGAUCUCCAGUCUUCAUAGAUGACAACCUGCAGUGCUUACUACACUAUUUCCCUGAAAGUAUUUGUCUUGUCUUACCAUUAAGUUCUAAUGUUGUAAAGCAGGUUGUAGCUUGUGAAGUUGUGUCUUAGUAUGCUAGCUCAAAUGCAUAAGCUUUGUCUUCAGUGUGAGACCCUGCAAAAUCAGAAGAUAGGCAGAUACAAUUCUAGCUGUCCAUACCGGGAACAGGUGAAAUGAAAAGGAAAAAGGGAAGGUUCUUUCCUAACAGAAGUGAACUUCCAAGUGUUGUCGAUUCUUACAGAGAUUUCCAUCAGCCUGCCAAAUAUAAGCACCUCAAAUGCCAUAGGAGUUAAUAAUUAUGGUAUAAACAGGUUUUUUUUCUGUAUUUUCAUGAUCCUUAGUUUCUGAUAUAAAUAAUUUUUCAACAAUAAAAAUGAGGAGGUGUCAGACUGAUUUGAAACAUAGGAGGUAACUUUUAAACUAAAAUGGAAGGCAUCAGUGAAAGUGGUGCAUGCUUGCAGGAAGGGAUGCCUGCAAAACUUAUCGGGUAAAGUUAAAACUUCUCAAUGAGAGUCUCUGAUGCUGUUUCAGAGGAGAUGCAUUCACCCAUUUAUAUAGGGCAAACAGGCCAUAAGCAGGGGAAGAUAUAUAUGUUAGUAUUUCAUAUCAUCAUAUGGUACUUACCACUGUGGGAUGAAAGCCCUUAAAAGGGAAAGUAAAUGUAAGGAAAAUGCAAAUGUCACUUUGAGCUAAAUACAGCACUGUUGCAUCUCUAACAAGAAUGUUAAUACUUCUAAGUUAUAAGCACUUGUGCUAUGCGCUUUGGUGAUAAAACCUGUGGAAGUGCUCUCUCAUCCUCAUUGUUAAUAACUUUAAAAUGUUUUCUAAUUUAAAAUCUCAGAGGUUUUUUAAGUCAAUUGACUUUAAACUUCUUGUUAAUCCUUUAAUAUAAAGUUUAAUGCAAAAUGAAUGCCACAGUUAUAUUUAAAUAAAAUCAACCAGUUGUAAACUCA